CCUCCUUCUCUCUCUCUCUCUCUCUCGCCUUUCUUUCGCGUUUCCCUUCCGUCAGCAGGAGGCAUGCGUGCACUGCGGGUUACCUAUGCCAGGCCCAAGGCACAAUCUGGCACGCCGCACGCCCCCAAGGCGAACCAGGAUCAGAACUGCAAACCAGAACCAAGACCAACAACUUUCAACUUCAAGAUAAUUCCUCUCUGUUGGAUUAUCGUUCUGGGAUUCGGACGGGAGUGUGGGGGGCUCGCACGGCAGACAAACGACGUUAUGUCCGGAUUCGUUGCGUAUCCUUCCUCGCGCCCUUCAUCUGAGGCGUCGGGGAUAACUUCGAGUGUGUGUAAUGUGCCUUGGCCAAUCAACGGAUUCGGACGGUAUGUGCUGCAGGGCAUGUACGGAUUCGUACAAUCGACAAUGCAGCUCGAGUAUCCGUACCCGCUUCCUGAGAGGCUCGAGGAACUUUUGCCAACGCCAACAAUAAGCAUGAACCGCGGUACCUACCUCCUUGAUGCGGUUGGACCCUUCGGUUUCCUCGUUCUUUCGUCCUUUCCCGAGAGUCCGUCCGGUGCUAAAAACAUGCAUCCAUGGUCAACUAGUUCUUGCAGGCUGCAUUGGUGAGAACACUGGUAAAUGAUUUUUCCUCCCGCCGGCCUGUAGAAGUUUUCGGUUGGGGUCCACGGCACCGGUACGGGCUUGAAGUAGACUAU